UUCUCGAGAUCCACCCAGCUUUAUAAUAGUAUUUAAAAAUAUUAAAAAAAGAGUCAUGUUGUUUGUUUCAACCAUUUCAGCGAAGUUUGUAGACGAGAUGGGUGGAGAAACAAUGGCUUCUGAGGAUCACCAGCGCCACCAUGUUUCCCUGUUCCCAUUCAUGGCUAAAGGCCACACCAUCCCAUUCCUACACCUGGCCCGCCUCCUUGUGGGCCGAAAUGCCACCGUGACCUUUUUCACCAUCCCAUCAAAUCAGACCUUCGUCACAAAUUUCCUUUCCGAUUUGAUCACCACCACCAAUCGCAUAUCAAUCAUAUCCCUCCCUUUCCCGGCGGUUGACGGCGCCGCCGCCUCCUUCCCCGAGAUCCCUGUCUGGAUCCCCACGCAUGACAUGAAACCUCAUUUCGAAACAUCCCUGGAGACCCUCCGGGAUCCACCGUUGACUUUCAUGGUGACCGACGACCUGUUUCUGAGUGGGGUUCUCCCCAAAGUCCGUGAAUCAGAAGACGAAGAUCAGCCAUUUUCAGUUCCAGGGUUCUCCUGGCUGAAGCUCUCCAGCAGUGAUAUUCCACCAACCGAUUCCGACAGCCGACAAACACGCGGCUUCCUCAUGGACUGCGCCAUCUCCAGCAAGAACAGCUUCGGAUACAUAGUCAACAGCUUCUACGAGCUUGAACCCGCCUUCGCGGAUUCCAUGCCAAAAGCAUGGCCUGUAGAGCCACUUUGUUUAGUAGGAGGAGACCACAACAAGGCGGCGGCGCGUGAUGAUAGGGAGUCCACUAUAUCAGGGGAGCAACUCCAGGAGAUCAAAAUCGGGUUGGAAAAAUCGGGUGUGAAUUUCUUGUGGGUUGUACGGAACAAGAAACAUUCUGAGAUUAUUUCGGGAGAUGAUGGAUUUGAAGAAAGAGUCGCAAGCCGUGGACUUGUGGUGAGAGAAUGGGUUGACCAACGGGAAAUCCUUGGACACGAGAGCGUCCAGGGGUUAACCAACUGUGGUUGGAAUUCGGUUUGCGAGAGUGUUUGUGCAAAAGUUCCCAUCCUAGCUUGGCCCAUGAUGGCGGACCAACUGAUUCAUGCUCGGCUUGUGGCCCAAGAGAUUAAUUAA